AUGUGCCGCUCGGCCGUCAGCACAUUGGCCCGUCAGCUAUCCCCCUUCUCGCGUGGAGCUUUGGGGGAGGAAAAAAAAAAGUCUGACGCAGUUUGUUUAGAUGCGGUGCUGGGGCUGGGGGCUGGUGUCUUGCUGCACCUGUACCCAAGUUUGGAGCGCAGGACUGCAGACGGAGCAGCACACGGGGCUGGACGCGCUGCACGGCUCUGCCUCGUCAGCAUCCGGAUGGGAGUCUUGGCACACCCAUCCGAGCAGGUCCUCAUUGACCUCAGGCUGGACCGAACCUCCCUUGUUCCCCUGGGCUCUGGGAUUUCAACAGAAGUAUUGUGGGAGAAAAUCAUUUUGGGCUUCACUCUAUACUCUGCAGAAGUUGAGUCCCCAGCUCAGUCCUUGUGGGUCUCGUGUCGCUCUGGGUUCACCUUCUGCGAGGGCAGUUUCUCACAGUUACAUAACCACAUGCUGUGUGUGCUGCUGCUUCAGGAGAUCCACAAAGAGAUGGCCUUGCACUCGGCUCACCUCUGCUCUGUGACAGUCAGCACUCUGCGCCCGUCCUAA